AUGUCCGAAAGCCUUCACAUCGACCAUGACCAGGAGGAUAACCCGCUCACCCCGAAGCCAUUGGGUACUGUCUCGUCACCUACACUCGACGCCCUGCUCUCUCCCACCGAUCCCGAGGCCCGCUUUCCUACGCCCGCAUCCAUUGCAGCAUCUGAUGCCAUCGACGACGACGCCCACUUCUCAACUGUCACCCUCAGCAGCGCACGACAGAGCUUAGACUCUACGAUAUCCCUAACUUCAAUAGACUCGGUACAUCAGAUGGGUGACCGCAGGCAGACGAUCAAUCUUUCCUCUGCACUUGACGAUGCGAAUGCACUGGUGAUCGAGCCACCAUCAGGGCACAAGAAAUCGGCUUCUACAUCAACUAUUCUGUCAGGUUCGAAUGUUCCAUUCAUGCUGUCCCAUAUAGAGCGGGAGAACGCAGAGGGAGAGGAAGAUCAGAACUUGAAGCGGAGUAGCAGACAAAGUCAGCAGCGGAUACAUGAAGAAUUCUCCCGCAAGCACGACGAUCUCCAGAGGCAGUCGGAAGAUAACGAGGAGAGCACUGUAGACUGGAACUUCUGGGGAAGCGUCAUUUCUGAUUACCAGAAGUUUGCUGCCGAAUACCCCGAGGAGCUGGCGUCCGCUAUUGGUCGCGGCAUUCCGAAGACAAUACGCGGGAUGAUAUGGCAGUUAAUGACCGCCUCGAAAGAUCCGGAGUUAGAGAGUACAUAUUUGAAACUUAUCAAAGAGCCAAGUCCGCAUGAGAAGGCCAUUACGAGGGAUCUUGGAAGGACCUUCCCACAUCAUGCAUUCUUUACCGAUGGACGAGGAAUUGGUCAAGAAAAUCUGUUCAACGUGCUCAAAGCAUACUCUCUGUACGACACCCAAGUCGGCUAUUGCCAGGGAUUGCCAUUCGUAGCAGCUGUUUUGUUGUUGCACAUGCCCGAUGAGGAGGCGUUUUGCUUGCUGGUCAGGCUGAUGUAUUCGUAUGAUCUAAGGGGCCAUUUCUUGCCUGAUAUGCCCAAACUACAACUGCGGCUUUUCCAGUUUGAACGUCUGAUAGAAGAGCUCGCACCGGUUCUACACGUGCACUUUUUGCGCCAAGGUGCGAAGUCCAGCAUGUACUGCUCACAAUGGUUCUUGACAAUGUUCAGUUACCGUUUUCCUAUGGAUGUGGUUUUCCGAAUAUACGACAAUUGUCUGGCAAGUGGUAUAGAAGCUAUGUUCUCAUUCAGUCUUGUCAUCCUCCUCAAGAAUGAGACGCGCUUGCUCGAACUCAAGUUUGAUCAGCUUAUUGCGUUCUUGAAUGGCGCUGUCUUUGAUGUAUACAAGCUGGAGUCGUCCGCGUCUACGGGCGACAAUGCACAGGACAAUGCCAAAUAUAAUGUGGACCAAUUCAUCAAGGACGGUUUCGCACUGAAGAUUACAUCUUUUAUGCUCGACACUUAUGCGCAGGAAUACGAUGAGAUGAUCCGCGUUCGAGAUGCAAAUGUAAUCGAAAUGGAUUCCCUUCGGAACAGUAAUCGCAAUCUGUCAAUCCAAGUAAAAACAUUAGAGUCCAGUCUUGCGCAGCUUAAUGCCGAACAUUGUGAACUCUUGAAUGAGCUUGUGAGGGCUCGCCUCAAGCACGAAGACUUAGAGUCGGAGCUUGUGCGAUACAAAUUAUUAUACGCAGAAGCCAUGCACAAGAGCGAAGACGCAAUGUCAUCCCACCGAAUAUCCCUCGGACUCAACAAUAGAAAGGCUGCAAUUCUUGGAGCCAUAGACUACAAGUUAACGUUUGCAAAAAGCUACGAAUCAGACGAAGCACUGCAGGAUGCAUACUCGCAGUGUCAUGAACGCAGCGCUGAACGGGUAUUGAGAGCGCUCCUGGCAAAUGGAGGCAUUUUCAUCAAGUUAGGUCAGCAUAUAGCAUCACUAGUAGUGCUCCCGAUUGAGUGGACGAGUACUAUGCGCCCUCUUCAGGACAAAUGCGAACCUACACCGUACGAAGACGUAGAGAAGCUAUUCUUGACAGAUAUGCACCGGCCACUAUCUGAAUAUUUCGAUGACUUUGAUCCAAACCCAAUCGGUGUAGCAAGUCUUGCACAAGUGCAUGUCGCAAGGUGGAAAGAGACCGGCGAAGAGGUUGCAGUGAAGAUUCAACAUCCACAUUUAGACGAAUUCUGUGAGAUUGACAUGGAAAUGGUUGAGGUGUCGCUUGGGUGGAUCAAGCACUGGUUCCCCGACUUCGAAUUUACUUGGUUGGGAGAGGAGAUGCGAGAAAACCUACCCAAAGAAAUGGAUUUCACGCAUGAGGCUAGGAACGGAUUGCAAGCCACGGCCGAUUUCAGUAACAUCAGAACCUCUUUAUAUAUUCCUAGAGUUCUACGUUCUGGAAAGAGACUACUCGUAAUGGAGUAUAUCCAAGGCGGCCGGGUUGAUGACUUGGAAUACUUGGCACAGCAUGACAUAGACAGGAAUAAGGUAGCCUUGGAGUUAGCGCGAAUUUUUGGUCAAAUGGUUCAUCUAAAUGGAUGGUUUCACGCAGACCCACAUCCAGGUACCCUCUUCCAAGCAUUGUCAAAGUCGCCUUACAAUUUUGAAAUUGUUCUACUUGAUCAUGGCUUGUAUUUCGAUCUGGAUCAGGAGUUACGAAUCAACUAUAGCAAGUUUUGGCUCGCCUUGAUUGCUCCUGCCACGCCGGAGACCAUAGCUGACCGCAAGAAGUAUGCGCGGCUCGUGGGUAAUAUCGACGAUGCCCUUUAUCCGGUAUUUGAGGCUGCGCUCACCGGUAGGGCAGUGCUCAAGGAUCCGGCGACAGACGAGUUUGGAGGGUCUGCAGACAAGGCGGGUUUUAAACGAGGGACAAGUAUGACUGAUAUCUCCGCCCAGACUGCAGCGGAGAUGGAGGCUAUUCGCAAGGCAGUCGUAGAACAAGAAGGUCUAUUGCUUUCGGUUUUUGACGUAUUGAGGAGAGUACCAAGAAGAGUGUUGAUGGUAUUAAAACUGAACGAUCUAACAAGGAGUCUUGAUCGCGCGCUUGCAACAACACAUUCUAAUGUUCGGGUAUUUCUAGUAACAGCCAAAUACUGCACUCGAGCCGCAUGGGAGGACACAAGGAGACAACUCAUAUCCCAAAUGCGCGAGAAUGGAAUCAUGUCUCUGGGUCUCUUAUACGACUACUUCAGGGAAUGGUGGCGAUACGAGAGGACGUAUAGAUCUCUGACUCUGGCAGAGAUAUGGAUGGACUUCAGAGCCUACACGGUCAAGACUAAGGCUUGGGUCUGGGGACUCUACGCCGUGGGAGGAUUACAGGGGGCACAUAAAGCUGCUGCAGGACUAGCUUAG